AUGGCAUCACCGACUCUCUCUUCCCUGCCCUCUUCGUCAGCGGCCCAUGCCGUGGCAAGCCUGGCAGCUGCCGCCGCCGCCGCCGCUACCGCUGCAGGAGAGGCAGAAAAGGCCGACCAGGUCGCGGAAGCCUACGAAAACGCCCACGUCCAUGGCGUGUACGAAGCCAUCGCCCCGCACUUCUCGGCCACGCGCUACAAGCCGUGGCCCGCCGUCGCCGAAUUCCUGCGCGCCCAGCCCCCGGGCGCCGUAGGGCUCGAUGUGGGCUGUGGCAACGGCAAGUACCUGGGUGUCAACCCGAGCCUGGUGAUGCUGGGCUCUGACCGCAGCCCCGCGCUCGUCGCGCUUGCGAGGGACCGUGUCCAGUCUCUCGAGCGACCUCUGCCAGUGCUGCCAGGACCACAGCCCGUGGCAGUCGCGCCCACACCCACAGCCCCAGUAGCAGUGGGUACAGACGUUCUCGUGGCUGACGGCCUUUCACUGCCCUUCCGCGACGGCGCUGUCGACUUUGUCAUAUGUGUGGCUGUCGUACACCACUUGUCAACGCGCCCAAGGCGGCAAGACUCUAUACGCCGGCUUUUGGCAUGUGUCAAGGGCAACGGCCAGGCGGCCGGAACAGGCGGCAAAGUCCUCGUGUAUGUCUGGGCUCUGGAGCAAGGGAAUAGCCGGCGCGGGUGGGAAGAAGGCGGAGAGCAGGACUUGCUAGUGCCCUGGGUUCUCAAGAGCCCAAAACCGCAGCAGAAAAAGCAGAAGCAGCCGAAGCAGCGACAAAACGGUGAGCCCCCGCUAACUGAAUCACUACCAUCACCGCCGCCGCCGCCGCCGCCGCCUACUGGGGAGGAUGGUAACGAUGGCAGCAGUGGCGCGAGCCACACCGACCCCGUCUUCCGGCGCUUCUACCACCUCUACCGCCAAGGUGAGCUGGAAGAGGAUGUGCUGGCAGCUGGGGGCGCAGUGGUCGCCAGCGGCUACGAGAAAGACAACUGGUGGACCGUGGCUACCAAUCAAUGA